GCGGAAAGCUUUCAGCCAAGCAUCCCAUGUUGCCCAUGCUGGUUCAAUGUUGGACUACUCUCACCUCUUCGCGGGCUGCAAUCUCCCCCGGAAAAGACGCCACAGGAGCACAGAGGAAGGUCUAGUGACCAAUCUGCUUUGUUGCAAGCAUCAAAGGAUGAACAUCCUAGGAAAGUUUCCCUACUCGGAUCCUGGCCACCCAAGCGACAUCUCUUUCGCAUAUAAUAAUUGAUCGACCUCUCUUUCAACUUUCACUCCGAACUCUCUGACUCUUGACUAUUACCUACUCCAGCCUUACUCCAGCUCCCUUUACUCCUCAUCUCUCCUCAUCUCUCCACACCCUAGAAACCUAAAUUACCUAGUAUCCUAUAUGUGUCGCUAAUAGACCACGCGGGGUCUCAGACAUCAUGAAGAAAAUUGGCAACAUUUAUUUUAUCGCGGCCAUAUCCGUUAUAGGUGGCGCGCUAUUCGGUUUUGAUAUCUCGUCUAUGAGUGCUAUCAUCUCUACUGCACCCUACAAAUGUCAAUUCAACCAACAAGGCAACAACCCGACAACCGGCGCAUGCCAGGGUCCGGAUGAUGUCGUGCAGGGCGGAAUCACUGCCUCCAUGCCUGGAGGUUCCUGGCUCGGCGCCUUGGCUUCCGGUGUCAUCACUGAUAUCUUUGGUCGAAAGACUUCUAUCCAAAUUGGUGCCGUCAUCUGGAUUAUCGGAUCCAUCAUUGUUUGCGCCGCUCAGAAUAUCCCUAUGUUAAUUGUCGGUCGUAUCAUCAACGGUAUCAGCGUGGGUAUUUGCUCCGCUCAAGUCCCCGUAUACAUCUCCGAAAUAUCGCCACCGUCGAAGAGAGGUCGUUUUAUUGGUAUGCAACAAUGGGCAAUUACGUGGGGUAUCGCAAUUAUGUUCUUCGUGUGUUACGGAUGUAGUUUCAUUGACGGCAAGGCUGCUUUCCGUUUACCAUGGGGUCUUCAAAUGAUUCCCGCCUUGUUGCUUCUCCUUGGUCUUGUCGUCCUCCCUGAAUCGCCUCGUUGGUUGGCGAAGCAUGAUCGUUGGGAGGAGGCUCACGAAGUCCUGGCUUUGGUUCACGGUAAAGGUGACCCGCACGCUCAACUCGUCGUGAGGGAAAUGGCCGAUAUUAAGGAAGUGGUCGACUUCGAGCGCCGAAACGCAGACGUGUCUUACCUCGAACUAUUCCGAGCCAAGAUGAUCAACCGAACUCACAUUGGUCUCUUCACCCAGAUUUGGUCACAACUUACGGGCAUGAACGUUAUGAUGUACUACAUCUCUUACAUCUUUACGAUGACCGGCUCCGGCAAUGAUGUGCUUCUCUCCAGUGGUAUCCAGUUCAUUAUCAACGUCGUCAUGACAAUUCCGGCUCUCAUCUGGCUUGACAGGUGGGGUCGUCGCCCAACGAUGCUUGUCGGCGCGUUCUUUAUGACUCUCUGGCUUUGCAUCAAUGCCGGUUUGUUCGCAGUGUAUUCGCACCCCCCUGCUCCCCACGAGUUUGAUACCGCCGCUAUUUCUAUGGUUAUCGGUGGAAAGCCUGCCAAGGCCGUCAUUGCUAGCACUUACUUAUUCGUGGCAUCGUAUGCGCCGACUUGGGGUCCCGUCUCUUGGACGUAUCCUGCCGAGCUCUACCCUCUCCGUGUUCGUGGAAAGGCCGUGGCUCUUGCUACAUCUGCUAACUGGGCAUUCAACUUUGCUCUCGCAUACUUCGUCCCUCCAGCAUUUGCUAACAUCACCUGGAAGACGUACGUCCUAUUUGCAGUAUUCUGCUUCACCAUGUUCUGGCAUACGUUCUUCAUGUUCCCCGAAACCUCCAACAAGACUCUGGAAGAGGUCGCGGCCAUCUUCGAGGACGAGAGUCCGGGCUCCAUCAAGUAUAUCGGUAUUCCGGCCUGGAAGACGCACAAUGAUCGGUCUAUCGUUAGACUCGAGCGCAACCUCAUUAGUUCUGAGGAAAAGAUCGGCAUUGAGCACACUACCACACCCAAAAAUUGAAUCUAAGAACAUUGGAUAUGAGUUUCGCUGCAUGGCGGUGGCGGAAAGUGGGCCUGUGUUGAAUAGCGCUGGAUUCGGUGCUUAGGGUCCAGGACUCGCUAUUUAAUGGGAAGUGGUUGGAAAUCCGGGAGCCAAGGAAGGGGAAAAGUUGGAUUCUCGGAAGGGAAGUGAGUUGAAUAUAGGAUGUCCUAGGACACGGACGGUUUCAUUCCACAGGAGUUUGAAGGGCAAGUACAUAUGAACUUGCGUUAUUAUACCCAGAAAUGAAUACAAAAGAUCAUCAGCUAUAUAUAUGUAUGAGUCGGUGUAUCUACCUUCCUCAAUACCUAGGCAGGUAGUAUUGAAUGAUAAUUAGUAUAAAUAUUUAUCCCGUAUCCCC